CUGUAAUCAUUUGUUUUCGCUCUACUCUUGUUUGCAUAACAAAGAUUAUCCUGCUCUUGGGCUCUGAAAAGUUGAAAUUUAUUUUAUUCCAAAGCUAAUAAUAUAUCUAUUAGUGUGGUGAAUCAAACUGUUCGAUUGAAGUGCUUAUUUCGGACAAUGGCUUUUUCUGCUGCCGCUCUUCGCAAUCAACUUGCGGCUUUGACAAACUCGUCUGGCAUCCAUAGGGAGCAAGCUGACAAAUACCGGGCAUUACUCGAUCAAAUUUUGCUCAACACUGGAAAUGAAUUAGUAGAUACCCUUAAGCUUUUUAUUGAAGCAAUUGUUAAUGAGCAUGUAAGUCUUGUGAUUUCUCGCCAAAUAUUAUCGGACGUGAGCUCUCACUUGGCAAAACUUCCGGAUGAUAUUUCCAAAACGGUGUCUCAUUUCACGCUUGAUAAAGUUCAACCGCGAGUUAUUUCAUUCGAGGAACAGGUGGCCAGUAUUCGACAACAUUUAGCACAAAUUUACGAACGCAACCAGAACUGGAAAGAAGCCGCAAACGUUCUGGGUGGUAUUCCAUUAGAAACAGGACAAAAGCCAUAUUCUUUGGACUAUAAGCUAGAAACAUAUUUAAAAAUUGCACGUUUAUAUUUGGAAGACGAGGAUCCUGUCCAGGCAGAAGCGUUUAUCAAUCGUGCUUCUAUUCUGCAGGCGGAUACAAAAGACGAAAAACUGCAGAUUUUAUAUAAAGUUUGCUAUGCGCGUGUACUAGAUUAUCGUCGAAAAUUUAUUGAAGCCGCUCAGCGUUACAACGAGCUUUCCUAUCGCACAAUAGUAGAUGAAGGUGAACGCAUGACUGCCUUGAAGAAAGCACUAAUUUGCACCGUGUUGGCCUCAGCUGGACAACAACGAUCUCGUAUGCUAGCCACACUUUUCAAGGACGAACGUUGCCAACACUUACCGGCAUAUUCUAUAUUGGAAAAAAUGUAUUUAGAUCGGAUUAUUCGUCGUUCGGAGCUACAGGAUUUUGAAGCUUUGCUUCAAGCGCAUCAAAAAGCUAGUACAGUUGAUGGCUCCACUAUCCUAGAUAGAGCUGUAUUCGAACAUAAUUUGCUGUCUGCUAGUAAACUGUACAACAAUAUUACUUUUGAUGAACUUGGUUCGUUAUUGGAAAUUCCACCACCAAAAGCGGAAAGAAUCGCAAGUCAGAUGAUCACCGAAGGCCGCAUGAAUGGUUAUAUCGAUCAAAUCGAUGGAGUUGUACAUUUUGAAACUCGAGAGAUAUUGCCUCAAUGGGAUAAGCAGAUUCAAAGCCUUUGCUAUCAAGUAAACGGAUUGAUUGAAAAAAUUAGUGCUGCAGAACCCGAGUGGAUUAAUAAGAUUAUGGAUGAAGAAAUGUGCACCUAAAACAAGAGCGCAAUAAACAAUGUUCGAAUUAAUAAAUUUGUA